GUUGGGGGUCCAGGGACGGUCGCCUGCUUAAAAGCCGCUCCCCUGCGAGCGGGCAACUGGCGCUCUCCUCCCUUUGCGCAUCCAGGGAGCCGCAGCUCCACCGGGUACUAUGGACCCCGCUACACCCAUGCGCUUGUGGCUUCUGCUGCUGCUCCUGGUGGGCUCUGCUCGUGGUCUGGCUUCAGCAUCCGCCCAAGGGAAUAACUUAGAGAUCUGCCUCUUGCCUUUGGACCAGGGACCUUGUCGGGCCUUCUUCCGUAGGUUCUACUAUGAUAGGAACGAACAGACUUGCCGCGAUUUCAAGUAUGGAGGCUGCCUGGGCAAUGCCAACAAUUUCCACAGUCAGGAACUCUGUGAAUACACUUGCGGGAAUAUCGAGAAAGUUCCUACAGUUUGUCGGUUAGAACUCAAAACCUAUCCAUGUGAUAAGCCCAAUGUGCAGUAUUUCUUCAAUCUGAAGACCAUGACAUGUGAACCCCUUAAGCCUGGUCUGUGUAGCACGACUAUGAACGUAUUCCCUGAUGAAGAUACUUGUAAGGACUUCUGUGAACCAAGGAAACUUCCAUCAUUUUGCUCCAGUCCAAAAGAUGAAGGCCUGUGCUCUGCCAACGUGACACGAUAUUAUUUUAAUUCAAGAAACAAAGCCUGUGAGACCUUUACCUACACUGGCUGUGGUGGGAAUGACAAUAACUUUUAUUACCUGGAUGAUUGUGACCGUGCUUGCAUUAAAGCACCAAAGACGUCAAAGAAAAGGAAGACAGGAAGUGGUUUCAGAAUCAGAAGAAAGCCCAGACGUUGGAAGCCACGUUUUUAAGCAUUUCCUUAUACUUGAGAAAGCAAAUCAUUAGUAAUUUACUCAUUUGAUUUUACUGAUAUGUUACUUUUUUACCUGUGUAUUUUUAUUAUUCACAACAGGCUGCUUUCCAAAUGUGAAACUAUAAUUUUAAAUUUACGGUUCAAAUGUGUAAGUGACUGAAUCCUUCAGUUAUCAGAUAUGAAUGUGAACAUGACUCACCCAAAUUCUUGGGGUGGUUAGUCCUACUUUCAGAAGACAAUGGUUACUAAAAUAUCAUAUGACAAUUUAAUUGUGCAAUUUUAAUAUAUAUAAGCAUCAACAGGAAUGGUGGAACCAUUUCACUAAGAACUUAUAAGUUUGGAUUGUAAUUUAGGGUCCUGGAGACAAGUUGCUGAUUUAUGAACACGUUAAACAAUCAUCCCAAUGGUAUUACUUAUACCUUGCCAAGUGUACUUCCAUUCCUGUCUUGUCAGAUUGCAAUAUGAUUAGGAGGGGCAGUUAUUUCAAAGUUACAAUUAUUAUUGGAUGAAUUUUAAAUGUGGGUGAAUUUAUGAAAACAAAAACAUUUUCCUAGAAAAAUUAUUACAGAUAUAAUUCUACGUCUCUGUAUUUUUCCAUAUCUGACAAGCUAGCUAUCUUCUUUGACAAUAUGUGUUGCAUUAUUUCCUCAGACAAAAUGUUUUGGAGAACAAUGACAUUACUAGAUCUUUUGUACAUGUAAGAUGCAUCCUGCAUCAAAUGCAUGUAUGAUUUGGUAACUUGAAUUUCAGAAAUAAAUUAUUUUUAAAAGUGGUUA